AUGGUACACUUGACUGCUUUGUGGCAAGCCAUGGUCAUGCUCAUGGUCCUCAUAGUCAUAAUAUUUGGGGCGUUCAGGUACCUGCUGUAUGCAACCCGUGCACCGACACAAGUUGCCCUGCAGAGACUCCAGGAGCUGCGCCAUCGUGGGCGGUGCUGCAUCACCACCACCACCACCACCACCACCAUCAUCUCUUCCGUACGUGUUGCGCAACAGGGCGUAGACGGACAUGACGAAACCCGGGGUGCAGAACCCGCACUGGGACCCGUGGGCCCGAGCAAUCCGCUCCUGGGCAGCGUGGAGCUGGUCGCCAGCGGUGGUGCCGAUGCCCUCCACCGUGGUCACGGCUGCCAGGUGGAUGGAGCAGAUGGGCGCCAGACACGCGUUCACGGCCAAGUGGCUGCCAAAUGCAAUUUGCGAGAAGAACAAAAUAUAAAUAAAGAAAAGAAACCUGUGUGCUGUGUUGAUGAAAAUUUCAGCUACCUCUUCAUAGGAACAAGUAAAGAUAAAUCUCCAGCUGAUCAAGAUAUUGAUGACCAUGGGGCUGCAGUGGCAGCAACUGCACCUGUUUUAGCUGAUGUUGCUGCUGCAGGAGGUCAGCACACUGCAGCUGGCCUUUUGGCUGAUGGUGGUUUAGCUGUAGCCUUUGCUUCAGUUGCUGUGCUGGUGAAGGUGAUCAAACUCAAAGAAGAGUUUCAAAUGGAGCCUUUCAGUCUUUCCAUGUUUGUUGAAGAGAACUUGGAUGAUGCCAAAGUAUUCAAUUCCUGGGGCUUGAGGAAUAUAAUUGUACAUGCUGCAUCUGGCAUCUCCAUGGAGAUGCAGGAGCAGUAUAAUGCUGGGUACAUUGGCUGGUGUGGGCACUGGCUCCACUCUGACUUGUUGAGGUUCAAGGAGUUGUCAUUGGGUGCUGGGUUGGAAGCCGCCCUCAAUUUUUUGGAGUACAAAGCCUGCUGGAAAUUGGCUGCAUCUCCUGUUGAGUACUUGUCAUCUUUCUGGACAUUGGAGAGGUAUGCUGACACAUUCUCAUCCCAAGUGGUGGGGCUUGAUGAAAAUGGCGCUUGCGAUGAGAAUGUGAUGGCUGUUGAUGAAAAUGGUGGAAUGACCAUGGGUUGUUGGAAAUCGAAACACUUGCCUCCCAACCCAUAUAGUGGACUGACCAAGUACCAGCUGAAGGUGUUGAGGGAAAUGUCCCUCAGGGAAGAAGACAUUGCCUCCUGGCACGAAUGGUGGUUCACCACUUUCCCCUCAGGGCUCAUGCCACGUUCCAGUUUCCGCCUGGUCUUUGAGAAGUACUGUCCUAAGUACCCCUUUGGAGUGACAAACCCCUACUGUGAUGUGGUGUUUGACAGAGUGAUGGAGGACACCCGGAAUCAGCCCUUGGGACUGGGGGUCUUUUUGCUGAUUCACUCCAUGCGAAUGAAAAAUGGACUAGAGGACAGACUGGCUUGGUUCCAUUACUUGUCGACAGUGGAUUCCACUGACAGUGUGGAUCCUGAGAGGCUCAAAGAGAUCAUGAAGGCCGUGAUGCUGCUCAAGGGAGAGCAGAGAAGUGAGGCUGAACUGGAAGAGGUGGCUGACAGGACCUGUAAGAAUUUGGGCUGUUGCGAGCAGAAUCUCCGUGGCGUCAUCCGGAUGUCCAUUGGAUUACACGACAACUUGCACAGCGACAACUCACACAGCGACAACUCACAUAGCGACAACUCACACAGUGCGACAACUCACACAGCGACAACUCACAUAACGGAGUUCGUAUCCUUAAAUUUCGUGAGGCUGAGCUGA